AUGAUCAAUCGAUCUUCCAUUCCAGUUUCUUGUUUAACUGUUUGUCAAGCAAAUUCAUCUGCUGAAACAUUUUGCGCUGGUCGUGAUGGAUUUUUUGCUGAUCCUGAUUAUUGCACGAGAUAUUAUCGAUGUGCGCAUGGUGUUGAUCAAGGAUUUGAAUGUCCAAAAGGUACUGCAUGGCAUGACGAAACAAUAUCAUGUGCAUGGAUUGAUCAAGUUAAUUGUGAUCAAAAGAAAGUAGAUUAUUCAACAAAUACAACAACAUCACGUAAAAAAUCUGAUACUGAUUCUGUACUAUCGGAACCAAAUAUGGGAUUAAUUCUAUCACCAACACAUGGAAAAGAUAGUAGUGGUGGUACAUCAGUUAUUGAAUGUCAACCGACGGGAAUUUAUACUGUAGCUGAUCCAUUAGAAUGUAAUUCUUAUUAUCAAUGUGAUAAAGGUAUACGAACACGACUUAAUUGUCCUGAAAGACAAUUAUUUGAUGCUGAUAAACGUCAAUGUAUGGAAUAUGAACGAGUUUUUUGUGGAUCUCGAGCAGCUAAUUUAGCUGAUAAAAAUCAAUGUAUCAAUAAACGUGAUGGUAUUCAUCCGGAUACAGAACGUGAUUGUCAUUUCUAUUAUCAGUGUGUAGCACAAAAUAAAAUGCGUGAAGCUAAAUGUCCAGGUGAUCAUAAAUUUAGUAGUUAUACAGGAAAAUGUGGUCCAGCAAAUAAUGCUCCAAUGCCAUGUGGUACUUAUAUACCAGGAACUGCAACAAUACAAUGUAUUAAUUUUUUCUAA